UGUAGUAUUACUUUUUUUUAUACUUAGCGCAUGGCCUUGCGCAAACCAUCUUUUGUAUUACUAAUUUUCCACUCUGUACGGCUUUUGGUACUACGGGGUUCUUAUACGGCCAGAUCAUCGUGCACCUCCGGUAGAUUCCAUAGCCCCGGAUACGUCCACCAGCGUUUCCUAUCUUCCAGCCCUUCUCGUCUGCACAUCAUGGAUAAACGUGAAGAUAACCUUGACCAGGUUAUAUCUCCAGCAGCACAAGCCAAGCUGGAUGCCAAACAGCAGCGUCUGAAGGCUCGUGAGGAGCAAGAACGGCAAAAGCAGCUUUUGCUUGAGACCACAGUAUCAGACCUAGAUUCUGCAUCGUUUGGCUAUUUACUGCCGACGAUAUCCUGUUUACCUACUAGACAAUGGGUGGAGAUAAAGGAUAUCGAUUCGGCUGAAGGCCAGGUUGUAUGGCUGCGUGGACGUAUCAAUGACGUUCGUGGCAAGGGUACCAUGACAUUUAUCAUCUUGAGGCAGCAGCAUGAGUCGCUACAAUGCAUAGUUGACUCUCGGCAGGAAAUGGUAUCCAAGGACAUGGCCAAGUGGGCUGCAUCGCUGUCCAUGGAGUCCAUUGUCGAUGUCCUGGGGAAGGUAGUAAGGCCCGAGGUGCCGGUAACCUCGACCACAGCUAAAUGCGAGUUACAGGUGCACAAGCUGAUUUGUAUCAGCAAGGCCAAUCCUACAAUGCCAUUCCUGAUCCGUGACGCCAACAACACUGAUGAUGAAGAGGCCUGCAAGAACCCUAGUGUUAUCAAGGUCAAUCAGGACACCAGGCUGGAUAACCGCCCACUGGAUCUUAGGGCUACUUUAAACCUCGCCAUAUUCAAGAUUCAAUCGGAAAUUUGCCAACAGUUCCGCAAUUUUCUACUAAAGCGUGACUUUAUUGAGAUCCAUAGCCCUAAGCUCCUUGGGGGUACCAGCGAAGGUGGCUGCAACGUAUUUAAGUUGAAGUACUUUGACAACGAUGCGUGCCUUGCGCAAUCGCCACAGCUGUACAAGCAGCUUGCGGUGGUUGGUGACUUCCGACGCGUAUUUGAGAUAGGCCCGGUUUUCAGGGCUGAGAACAGUAAUACCCACCGCCACCUUUGCGAGUUCGUAGGGCUUGAUAUGGAGAUGGAGAUCCGCGAUAACUACAUGGAGGUGGUGGAUCUGAUCGACGACAUGCUGAAGCAUGUAUUCCACGGGAUCAACACGGAAUGUAAAACUGAAGUUGAGAUUUUCCAGAAGCACCAGCCCUCUGUGGAACCUUUCAAAUGGCUGGAUCAGACGCCGCGCAUCCGCUUCACAGAGGCUGUGGAAAUGCUGCGCGGCACCGAGCUUGCGGAAUCGAUUCCUGACGAUAUAUCGUCGUAUGACUUCUCCACCGAGCAGGAAAAACGUUUAGGCCGACUUGUCAAGGAGAAGUACAACACGGAUUACUACAUUGUAUAUGAGUACCCACUAAACGCACGCCCAUUUUAUACCAUGCCCAAGGAACGCGAUGGCAUAAUGUUCACGCACAGCUACGACUUCUUCAUGCGAGGUGAAGAAAUCCUUUCGGGUGCACAGCGUAUCCAUAACCCGGACCUGCUGCUGCAGCGAGCCAAGGAAUGUGGAAUCGACCCCAAGACCAUCUCAUGUUACAUAGAGGCCUUCAAAAUGGGUGCCUCUCCACAUGCCGGGUGUGGUAUAGGACUUGAACGUGUGGAAAUGCUGUUUCUAGGUACUGGUAACAUACGUCGCACCUCGCUGUUCCCCAGGGACCCUAAACGUCUUACACCUUAAUA